ACCGUUUAAAUUUUCAAUGAUCAUGUAAUGGAUGAAUUUAUUUCCAUUUGGAAACUCUUUCCCAACCAAGUAUAAAUUAUCGUUUCCAAUUUCCUUAUAAAAAGUCAAGUUUAUCUAUAAAUUUUAAAAUAAUUUUACAUUCUAAUAUGUCCACACAAAAAAACCUUUUUUCGACUGAUCUUAUUUCGCCUGAAGUUCAAGCGUCGUUACCUAAAGGUUAUACUUUACGACCUUUAUCUAUCGAUGAUUAUGAACUUGGUUUUUUUGAAGUAUUAUCAGUAUUUGAAGAUAUAGGAAAUCUUUCUAAAGAUCAAUUUCUUGAACGUUUCAAUUACAUGAGAGCUCGUAACGAUGAAUAUUUUAUCAUCGUAAUAAUUUCUCCCGAAAAUCGCAUUGUUGGAACUGGAACAAUUUUUGUUGAACGUAAAUUUAUCUUUAAUGCUGGACUUGUUGGACAUAUUGAAGAUGUUGCUAUUGAUAAAAAUCAUCAAGGCAAACAUUUUGGUUCAAGUAUUGUUCAAGCACUCAAAUAUAUUGGAAUUAAAACUGGAUGUAUUAAAGCUAUCUUGGAUUGUUCUGUUGAGAAUAUUUCUUUCUAUGAAAAAUGCGGAUUACAAAAUAGAGGAAUUGAAAUGUCUUGUGAUUUUGAUACGAGAUAAAUCUUUUCAAGUAUAUCUUACUGGAAAGGCGUUUUUUAACCUGAGAAAGAUGAUUAUAAAUUGACUAUAAAUCUUAUCAAUAACAUCAUCGAUCAAUUACAUUACAUUACAAAUCGUUUACAUUAUAUUACCAAUCGCUUACAUUAC